CUCUGCUUGAUCGACUCACUUAAACGUUCUUAUUUUAAGCUCAGAACCCACAGAUCUUUGGCCUCAAAGAUUAUUGUCCAUUGUUUUGUAUUUUAAUUCUUCGCUUUCAUUUCAAAACAAUCUUUCUAAAUUAUUAUUUUAUGCUUGAUCUUUAUAUUUCAAAUUACAAUUUAAAAAAAAUACCAAAGAAAAAUUAAAAUAUCCGUCUAUAAACAAGAGGAAACGAAUUAGGAUAAGGGCCGCAUAGUUAACCUAACUUCUUCACUGUCUUAUGUGUUGUUGUUUAGAAGCUAAGUACUAAGGCUUAAAUAAAAAUAUUUAAAUAUUGUUGUUAUAACGAAAAUAAAAAAAAAACAUAUAUAGUGCUUUUUUCUGUCUAAAUAAUUAUAAUUAUUGUAUAUUUAGUUAAAAUUUAUUAUUAUAUUUCAUAAAAAGACUGAGUUCACAAUUUUUAUUAUUUAUACUAAGUAUAUAUAAAAAAAGAAGAUUUUAGGUAUGUGUGUAUGUAUAUAAUUUAUAAACGAAUUACAUUGAAAUAAUUGCAUUUAAUGUUAUUUUUAAGAAUAUAAAAAAAUUACAACCAAAAUUCUAAACCAAAUAAAAUAAAUUAGUAAUUUCAAAACAUCAAAGCCAAAAAUUUGUUAUUCAAAGAAAAAAUAAUUUGUUUUAAUUUUUAAUAUAAUUGAUUGAAAUAAAUAAAUCGAAUUAAGAUUACAUCUAAAAUUAUAUUUAAAAAAAUAAAAUAUCUUUUUAAAUAAAAAAAUAUAACGAACAUUCUGUAAGCAAGUGACAAAACAAAUAUACACGGAAAAUAAAAUUAAUUUUUACUUGAAAAAUUGUUGUUUUCGACAGCAAUUUUUUACUAAAAGAAUAAAAAUAAAAACAAAAUGGCAAAGUUUGUCGGCAUUUUUGUAAUAUUGGUGUUCAAAAUUUGUAUUUAGAUAUACAUAAUUAUAUAAUGAAAAUAUUUAUACUCAAAAACUAUUCAGGAGGAUGCGAUUGUUUUUUUAAAAACAAACUUAUAGGCGCAAAGUGGAAAUAAAAAGCAAAAUAAAAUAUUAAUAGAAUUUUAUAUGUAUAUGAAUAUUUAUUCACAAUAUACACUUUUAUUAUUUGGAUUUAUAAUUAGAAAAAUAGAUGCAUGCAAUUUCAAUGUUAUUAUUGGGUAUAAACAAAAUACAAAAACAGAAUUAUAUCCAUCGAUGAUAUAAACCAUCAUACUAAAUGCUAAAUUUAUUUAGUCGUGCGGUAUAUGCUUCGUUAGAAGUCUGUGUUGUUUUUCUUUUUUUUUUGUAAAUUUAUACAUAAUAUAUAUUUAAAUAAUUUAAUCGAAAAAAUGCAAACAAAUAAAUUCAUACACAAAAGUAAUACUCAAAAAAUAUAAGUUUAUUUAGUUUUAUUGAAAUUGGUAUAAGAAUUAGAAAGCGAAGGAGAUGAUUUGUAGAAUUAACUAAUAAUAAUAAAACGGAAUGGUGAAAAUGGAAUCCACAGAGGAACAGGAUAGGAAGUUAGUUUUGGAGUUUUGUCAUUUGCUAGAGAAAUCGAAGCAAUUAUUUAAUGGACUUAGAGAUCUACCCCAAUAUGGCCAUCGACAAUGGCAGGCAUAUUUUGGACGAACAUUCGAUGUUUAUACAAAACUUUGGAAAUUCCAACAACAACACCGAAUGGUCCUUGAUUCUAAGUAUGGUUUGAAACGUUGGCAAAUUGGUGAAAUUGCUAGUAAAAUCGGUCAACUUUACUAUCACUAUUACCUUCGAACUAGCGAAACAAACUACCUGAACGAGGCAUACCAGUUCUAUGCAGCAAUCCGGGGUCGGGCCUAUUAUUCGCGAGCAAUUAAAGAAGACCGACCGGAUUUGAUGGUGAAAAAGUUACGCUACUAUGCGCGUUUCAUUGUCGUUUGUCUGCUGUUAAAAAAGAUGAAGCUGGUGCGUGAGCUAGUCACCGAACUGGAGAAACAAAUACAGGAGUACACUACAACUUACGAACCCGAAGACCAUCUUGAAUGGUCUCUAGUACUAGAAGAGAUUAAAGGCUUCAUCAAAGCAGAAGCAGCAGUUGCUGUUCUUCAUGCGGAUUCUAAUCCCAUCAUUUUAUCGCACAGUGGUUCCGGUUCUAGGUUGUCCCCGCUAACGACUCCGCCAUGCGAACGUUCGCCGCACAUGACUUUGAGCCUUCAGGAGAUCUUAAUUGUUGGCUCAGCGUGUGAGCAAGCUAAGUUCUCCGAGCUUACAAUGGAUAUGUUUCGCAUGCUACAAACGCUUGAACGUGAGCCAACGGAGUCGUCAACGCAUCCAUUGGGUGGACCCCAUGGGAUGCAUGGGCACGAUGCUAGUCCCGCAGCCAGCCGCAUACCACCAUACGGUGUUCCAGGCUCUAAGGGCUAUUUAGAGAACGGUCGUCACUACCGAGACAAUCCUCAUAAGUAUUUACUAUACAAGCCUUCGAUUAGUCAACUUCUGGUGUUCUUAGCUAGCGGAUUUAAAGAAUUACCUCCAGGAGGCGCUCUACUUUUAUACAUGUCAGCUGAUGGCUGUUUCUCCACAACAAAACAUCCCGAAGAUUAUGGUUAUGAAUUAGGCGGUCUUGCAACGAGCGUCAAACGUGAUGGCGUCGAUAGUGGAAUCGCUUGUCGAGGGAAGUCCUACAAGGAAAACCAUUGUCUAUAUCCUGGCGAUUUGUAUCCGUUUACAAGACGGCCACUUUUUAUUAUAAUCGAUUCGGAUAAUUCAUUCGUCUUUCAACAUAUACCCCGGUACUUUGGACAGCCACUGGUCAUACUCAUGUCACCACAAGAUGUACCACCAGCGUUUCAAACUGAUGUCCAACAUCAUGGAUCCCUAUUUACGUUGUUCCUGCAUUCCCCAUUGACCGCUCUAUGUUACGUUUGUAAUGUGGGCGAUGUUCCCAUUCAUCAUUGGGAGAGAUGUCAGACUUAUGUAGAUCGUUUUAUAACAGAGGCAUCACGACUGGUCACUCGAUGUCGUAUAGAUGAAAUAGAACAAGGAAUAGGCUAUAUAGACUCUUCAUAUGUCCAAUUUUUCGGGGACGAUUUCCUGCGCACACUUAUGUUGCGCUUCGUCUUUUGUGAUGUUGUGUUGCGGCUGCAUCGUGGUUUUUGCGGCCGCCACAUGAGACCGCGUUGUGAACCACCAUUACCAUCUAAUGAACUACUCGAACAUCCAUCGCUAUCGCAUAUAAUAUUCCAAUUGGCAUCUGCGCUCGAUGUGCGCGGUCAUUUCUCAGAAGGUCCUGACGGUGAUUGAUGAUCCUUAAUACAAACUCGCAAAAGCAAAAGCAGAAACUUUGGCAGAUAGGUUAACUAGUUAAUGUGUUUGAGCUUAAAAAUAACAAAAGAAUAAAGGAAAUGGCGCAAAAUCGAUAUAUAUAUACAUAAAUAAAUGGAUAAAUGGAACAUGAUGGCAGUUGGACGAUCAUAUAUAGUAAAAUUAAUAAAUUAUAACAAAAUAUACAAUAAUACGAAACCAACCGGAAACGGAGCAAGCGAUAAAACAAAAAAUAUUUAUAUGCAAAUGGAAUAGGCGUUCGGGCGUUCAGAGCGGCAAUAUUGGAUGGCAUUAUAUUAUAUAUAUUAAUGGUGGAAACAGAAACGGAAAUAAAAACAAAAAUGAUAAUACUGUGUACAUCUUAAUUCUAUAUAGUAUAUAAAUAAUAUUUUUUACUGUGUACUAUGACGAUGCUUUCAUACUACACGCCCAAUAUUUAUUUAUAUAAAUUAAUAUAUAUAUAAAUAUAAAUAAAUAAUAAAACAAAAUAUAUAUAUACUCAUUUUAUAUUUUUGCGGAAAAUUUUAUACUUAUAUAAAAUAAAAAUAAAAUAAAAUCGGCAAAACAAAAUAAAAAAUUAAAACAAACAACAACAAAAAAAAAAACAACUUAGAGCGCAUAAUAUUAAAAUAUACGUAACGUAAUAAACUAUGUAAAUUAUUAUAAACUAUAACUUAUAGAAAUAUAUUUUUAUUUUUAUUUUAUAAUAUAAUAUAAUUAAAUUAAACGAUAUUUAAAGUAAUACCUAUACAUAUUUAUAAUAAUUUCGUUUUGUUUUAUAAUUCGAUUCGACAGUGUAUCAUAGAUGCACCUAUACUCUCGAUUUAAACAAAAUAAAUUAAUUUAUAUUAUAAAUAUUUAAAACAAAAAAUAAACUAUCGCUUUCUUAAUGCCAUUUAUUUAAAUAAUUUACUUUUUAAACAAAUAACUCAAUGAUAUUUAAUUGAAAUACAUACAAAAAAAAUACAAACCAAAAAAAACAAAAAUUUAUAUAAAUUAUAUUAUAAACAAAUUAUAGCCUAAGCUAAAUUGUUUCGAAAAUUAUUAUUAUAGAUCAUUAAUUUUAUUUGUAUGAUAAAAUUAAUAUCGUGGCAAUAGUUAAAAAAAAGAAAACAGAAAAAAAUACAAAAUUAAUACAAAAGGAAACAAGUAAUAUUCAUUAAUACAUAAAUUAUUUAAUAACAAACCGAAACAAAAAUUAUAAAAAAAGAAGGAAUAAAGCACACGUUCGAAAACAAA